AAAAGUUCGUACCAUUUUAUCAUUUUAUGGAGAACUGCAACACUCGAAAACCCCUCCUCUUCUGUCUUCUCAGAUACGCUGCUGCAAAGUGCAAACUGAUUACAUCUCAUAUUACACUUCCGCUGUAUAAAACCCCACACAAUCAACUAGAAAUCAAAAUCACCCCAUUAUUCUCACAAUUCUCGUGAAGAGUUGAAGACACAUGCUAUGGCCACUUCUUCAAAACCUCUGGUAGAAAUCAUCAAUGACUCUGAUGAUGUUGAUGAUGAAGUUACAAUACUACACUCAUUCUCACCCUCAGUACGUAAGAAGAAAGGAGCUAACAAAGACACUGCUAUUUCAGUUGAAGAUUACUACAUGCAACAGGCUAUUAUGGCUUCUGUUACGACUAAAAAGACAAACUUUGUGGAUCUUGAUGAGUACCCAGAUCAUAAAUUUGAUGUUCAGAUCAUAAGCCCAUUUGAUAUGUCAAGUUCCAGCAAGGGAAAUUCAGUUUUUGAAGUGGGUGAGUCCUCGAAUUCGAAAAAAUUUAAUCUUGAAAUUGUUGACCCGGAUGAUGACCCGAAUGAUGACCCGGUUAUUCCGUUUUUUGUAUGUGAGAUAUGUGUGGAGGAUAGGUUGUUUGAUGACUCUUUUUCUGUAAAGGGUUGCUGUCAUUUUUAUUGUACUGAUUGUGUUUGUAAGUUUGUGGACUCAAGAAUUCAAGAAAAUGUGACUAGGAUUACUUGUCCGGUUUCGGGUUGUAAUGGGGUGUUGGAGCUGGAGGAUUGUCGGGCUGUGUUGCCCCGUGAGGUGUCGGAUCGAUGGGGUGAUGCAUUAUGCGAGGCUAUGAUUUUAGACUCUGCUAAAUUUUACUGUCCUUUUAAGGAUUGUUCCGCUGCUUUGAUCAUCGAUGAUGAUGAUAUGAGUGGCAUUGUUGAAUCGGAGUGUCCAUUUUGUCGGAGAUUGUUUUGUGCUCAGUGUAAGGUUCCUUGGCAUUCUGGGAUAGAGUGUGGGGAGUUUCAGAAGUUACAUAAGGAUGAGAGGGAAAAAGAGGAUAUUAUGCUUAUGCAACUUGCUAAGAACAAAAAGUGGGGCCGGUGUCCGAGAUGCAAGUUCUAUGUUGAGAGGUCCGAGGGUUGCUUGUUUAUGAAAUGCAGAUGUGGCUAUACUUUCUGUUACAAUUGUGGAGCUCAUUUGGUUGAACACUAUUGUACCAAAUGCAAGCGUUGAAUCAAGAUGGAACAUGAGGUGCGUAAACUCGAGGGAGCGUGAUGGUCCAUUGGAGAUGAUUUUGUCAAGUCCCUGUUGGUACAUGGUGUGAUACCACAAUGAUAUGUGCAUAGGAUUCUCUCUUGGUUUACAAGUAGUUAAAAGUGAGACCUGUUCAAGUCUAGUACUUGUAUAUAACAUCAAAUGUUCUUUAACUGCUGUGUACUCUGUAGUCUUAUAUUUACCAAGAUAUUGGUUUCUUUGGGAGCCAGAUGAUGAAUAUUUUAAGAUGACUAACAUAAUAAACUGUUGUUUGACA